AUGGAGAUUUUUUUGAGAAAUAUCGCCUUUGCAGUUACCCAAGAAGAUUUGACGCUCGAAUUCGCCAAGAUACUUCACAAGCCCCCGUUUUCAACCAGUCCCCCUCUUAAUUUUGAAUUCCAACUCUUCUACAAGUCACACCCGAAUGGCAAGCGAGGCAUUCUUGCUCUCCCCACAGAGGAUUCCGGUAUCACUCUCUUGCGUGCUUAUGGUGAUGUAGGGAUUGCCGUCAAAGGCCGCCAAAUCCUCCUCAGCAAGAGCACGCAAUCGAUCAACAAUGCCCGUAUCAUGAGAUUGAAUACUGUUCCAUGGGUCGACCCAGUGAAGCUGCGAGAGGAGAAGGAAAGGCUUCUCCAGCAAUCGAGGCCUUUCCCGCUCCUUUGUUACUCAUUUGGGCGCUUCAAUCGGGAUAGUUCGUUUUCUUCAGAAUUUGCCCUUCCUGGGCUUGCCAAUGUCUCCUGUGAUCUGGAGCGUCGGCAGGUACGCUUCACUGUGACGCCCCAUGAUGACAGUGACGACCUCUUUUGGACCUCGACGUCUAUUGCGUCUUAUGCGCAACUAAAAAUUGCAGCGUUAGUGGGUAACCAAGAUGAUGAUACCCACAUUCUUUUCAUUCGUGCCGAUGCGCCCCCAGUGUUCUCCGUGGAGAAUGACAUCGGUGGACUUGGACUUACAAAUACAAGCCCUCAACGUUUGGCGGGCUUGACACGUUAUCAUCCCAUGCCUCCAGGCAGCUAUAGCCUGAUGCUGGCGUUCAGCAACCAGCCAGAUGCGGAAACAUUCAUGUACGCAUGUCGCAAUCGCCUUCAUCUGCGGUACUCCCCAGUGCCCCAUGUUCGGAUCCACGACCACACUUCUAAUAGCAACCCUGUCGAGGAACUACACGAGUUUCUCUCCGAGAUACCAUACGAGCUUGCGUUCCAGGUGGAAAAGACCGUUACGACAUUUGUUUUCACUCCGAUGGAAAUAUUUUCGCUGAAAGAGGCAAUUAUCUCGUUGUACACUGAACAUGGCCCUGAUGCAUCAGAAAUUUUUCAAUCCUUUGCAUCCGAGCACGAAGGACACAACGCGAAGCGUAAACCACGCCGCAAACGCCGGGCGCAGUGGCAUGCUAGCCAAGAAGAUUUAACUUCUCUUCUUGGCCAAGUAAUCCACGAGUUUACAAGAGAGCAUCAAAAGCCCCUCCGUCUUCUAGCUCCGCCACCACAGAGUGGUGUAUACCAGUCUUACCAUAUGAUCCUGACGCCGACACGGCACAUCUUAGAGGGUCCUCUUCCAGAUCAAUCCAAUAGUGUCUUGCGCAAAUACAAUAAUCACGAAUGCUUCCUACGCGUUACUUUUCAGGAUGAGAAUCGAUCAAAGCUUCGUCGGGACUUCGAAUCUUCCAUUACCGACCUUCUGAAGGAGCGGUAUCGCCCAAUUCUGCUCAGAGGCUAUCGCGUUGCUGGACGCCAAUUCCAGUUCUUGGGAUAUUCGAUGAGCGGCCUGCGAGAUCAUUCAGUGUGGUUUAUGACACCCUUCACAGAUGACAGCGGGACACUGCUGGAUGCAGAAUCAAUCCGGGGCAACCUGGGCGAUUUCUCUCAACUUGUGCACCAACCCGCUCGCUUGGCUGCAAGGUGGUCUCAAGCCUUUUCUGGCACCGAUCCGUCGAUAACACUCCUUCCCGAAGAAAUCGAUUAUGACUAUCCUGACAGAAAAUCGCCCUCUGGAAACGUCGGGCUUGCAAAGGACAUAUGGAGGUCUUUGCAGAAAGGCAAGAAGCGACCUGCCAAACUACGCAAUAUUCCAUCCGCUUUCCAAUUUCGUCUCGGUGGUGCUAAAGGCAUGGUCGUCCAGGAUCCGACAAUCGAAGGCAAACUUGUUCGCCUUCGCCCAUCGCAGAUUAAAUUUGAUGGACAGGAGAACCUCACUUUUGAUGUCCAAUCGACAUCAGCGAAACCAAAAGCGAUGUUCCUCAAUCGUCCGCUCAUUGUACUUAUGGAGUUCUUGGGAGUGGACACCAGUCGAAUCGUUGACUUGCAGGACGAUGCAAUCACUAAAGCUCAAUCCGUCCGAUCAUCAUCCCUCGAUGCCUCGAAAGUUAUCCAGCAACACGGACUGGGAGCAUCGUUCCAUCUACCAUCUCUCCUCAGAAACCUGUCGUCCAUUUUGCAGCUGGAUGUUGGAAAUACGGAGGAAGAAACGUCUCAGUCACGAUGGACAAGCGAGCUCAUAGAAAGCACCCUGCAUUGCGUCGAAACGCACAUCUUGCGGGAGUUGAAGUAUCGCGCGCACAUAGAAGUGCCGGGUUCGUAUACCUUGCUUGGUGUGUCCGAUGAAUGGGGCUGCCUCAGGGAAGGAGAAGUUUACGCAGCCGUGUACGAUGAAAGGACAGGAUUGAACAAACAAAUCCUGGGCGAGGCCGCCAUAACGCGCAGCCCGCAGAUUCAUCCAGGCGAUCUGCAGGUCGUGACGGCUGUUGACCGCCCAGAGUUGGCGCACCUGAAGAAUGUCGUUGUGUUCUCUUGCGAGGGUCAGCGAGCGCUUGCGUCGUGUCUGGGUGGGGGUGAUCUCGAUGGCGACGACUUCAACCUAAUCCUUGACCCGAAGCUGCUGCCAACGCAUUACGGCGAACCCGGAGAGUAUCAGGCAUUACCCAUUAAAAGAACAGAAGCCCCAUGUGACAUCUCUGAUGUCGUAGAAUUCGUAUUUGACUAUAUCGAGGCGGACCUUGUCGGUCUCAUCGCCAUACACCAUCUCAGGUUUUCUGACCUGGAGGAUCCAGGUUGCGCGGAGUGCAUGGAACUCGCGAAAUUGGCCUCUCACGCAGUCGAUUUCCCGAAGAGUGGCACUCCUGUUAACUUUACCCAACUCCCGAGGUUCAGGUCGAGGAAUCAGCCAAAGCCUGAUUUUCUUGCCAAAGAAGGCGCCGAUCUUAACAGUGACCAGUACUACAACAGUAAAAAGCUGCUCGGACAACUCUACCGUCGGGUACCAGUGAAGAGGUGGAUUCCUCAAGAAUGGAACGAGGACCGCUCUCCAUCUGAUGGAGCCUCUGUGGAAGACGCGCUCUCUCGCGUGAGCCUCCGUAACCUUGGUCUUUCGGGAUUAACUCCUCCAACUCAAGAGUUAAUCGAGGAGAUGACAUAUCUACUCGAAGCAUACUGUGAACAGCUGUUGGUGAUCGGGCAAUCGCACACCAUUUUGAAAAACAAGGACAGCCACGUUUCUGAAGCAGAAUUGCUGAGCGGGACUAUCAUGGCAAACUGGUCCGACCAUCAUCGUCGGCGAGACGCAGUCACUGCAAUGAACUUGCAGACACGUGAACUCGUCCGUGCGGUCAGGGCAGAGCUCCUGGUUAAAGAUUUGGCGGUGUCGGAAGCAGAGAUGUAUUCUGAUGAAGAGGAUGAUUAUGAUGAUUGGACCUUCCGCGAAGAAUUUGAUGAUACGGAACAACGAAGUAUGGCAGAAACGUUCAAACGCUCUUGGGCAGCGUGGUGCGUCGCGGAAGAUACGCUUAAGGAAGAACCGAGGAUGUAUGGAGCUCAGAGCUUUGGUUUAAUCGCUCUGGGCAGGAUGCUCGAGAUUGUGAAGGAGUCUCUUAUGAUGUAA